AUGUCGCACAUCGAACCGGUUGUUCCCGAGACGGUCGAGUCCAAGGACGACGACCGCCAGCAAAAUACUCUGAAGUAUCAUCUUCUAGGACCAUCUCUAACCAAGGCUGGCCAAGAUUCGGUCGACCAAGUCAAGGUUUCCGAAAUCAUCUAUAACGCCUCGAAAGGCUCGAAGUACUUCAACCGCGAAGAGGUUAGAGAUAAGGUCUUGACGCAAAAGAUUGAGCAGAUACUGCAAAAGAAGCGCCACCUUGAGGUGCUUGAUCUGACGCGCGAGCUGCGAGCUGCCGAUCAAUUCAUCGCCCAGCUCGACGCCUCUCGUGAUCUGACCCAGUACCUAGUCCAUGUCGACUGCGACGCAUUCUAUGCAGCUGUUGAGCAACUCGACCGCCCUGAGCUCGAAGACCUUCCCUUUGCUGUUGGUGAUGGCGUGCUGACUACCUGCAACUAUGUCGCUCGUACGUUCGGCUGCCGGAGCGGUAUGGCCGCGUUCGUGGCGAAGAGGCUUUGCCCUAAUCUGCUCCUGAUUCCCCCCAACUUCGACAAAUACGCAGCCAAGGCUCGGGAGGUCCGGAAGGUCUUCGUCCGUUACGAUCCGAGGUUUGAGAGUGCUAGCAUCGAUGAGGCCUAUCUCAACAUCACUGAAUACUGCACUGAACGCGACAUCGCCCCUGAGCGUGCCGUGCAACAGAUGCGGGACGAGAUCUAUAGCGAGACCAAAAUCACCGUGUCCGCCGGGAUUGCGGCGAAUACCAGGCUUGCCAAGAUUUGCUCUAACAUAAACAAGCCAAAUGGGCAAUUCGCCUUAGCCAAUGACCGUAAUGCGAUCAUGGCUUUUAUGCGGAAAUUGCCGACUAGGAAGGUCAACGGAGUUGGUCGGGUGCUAGAGCGCGAGCUCCAAGAAAUAGGCAUCAAUACUUGUGGCGAUAUCAACACCCACCGUCAUUUGCUGAUGAAUAGGCGGCCACUUUUUGGCGACAAGACCUACGAAUUCUUAGUCACGUCCUAUCUAGGUCUAGGGAGAACUGAGGUACAACCGGUGGAGGAAUAUGAACGGAAGAGUGUCGGGACUGAGAACACAUUUCAAGAGACGGCCGAUCCAACUCAUCUAAGAGAAAAACUACGGCUGGCAGCCGAAGAGUUGGAGAAGGACUUACGCAGGGCGGAAUGCAAGGGCCGGACUCUCGUUUUGAAGGUGAAACUUGAUACGUUCGAAGUCCUAACGAGGCAGGUUGUCAUGCCGCGAGCCAUAUAUGCAGCGGAAGACCUGUAUAGCUGUUCAUUGCCUAUCCUCGCCAAAUUGGAACAGGACAUACCCGGCAUGAAGCUCCGGUUGAUGGGUCUCCGAUGCACCCACCUAGUCAGCACCAAGAAGCCUGACCCUCGUGCCUUUUUCGGCCCUAGACCUGUGAGGGCGGCGUCUGGCGAUAAAAUGCCAGACAACCUGUUAACAGGCCCAAUCACCCCGGGUCACACUAUUCAAGCACGAACACCAGAACGCGUCCUUGUCGAUGAUGGCCAAGAUGACGCUUCCAGUCCCAAGGUUGAGCGGUUACAGACAACAGAAAGGGAUGAUACCCCUAACACCUUUAAAGAAACGUCAGUGCAACAGCCAGCGGAGUGGUGGGACUGUCCUAUCUGCUGCCUGCCCCAGCUAACUGACGAGCGCCUCUUUAACAAUCACAUCGACACAUGCCUCUCAAGACAGACAAUCCGCGAUGCCAUCCAACGAGACUAUGCGUAUAACCCAGCCUCUCCUAGUCGUGCUGAACCACCUCCUAAGCGGUUGAAGAAUGGAGAGAGAAGAAAGGGCCGAACGGGCAGGCCGAAUGACCCUAAACAGAAAAAGCUAGCCUUCACUUAA